AUGAGCGCCGGCCUCGACCAAGCUAAUGAUGAUGGAGUGCAAGGUCAAGAAGUCACUAAUGGGCCUGUUAUACUGGACUAUGACGUGCAGCGGCGUGUUCCCUUCGUUGUCCACAGCGUUGACGUCAGCGCCACAGUCCAAGAGGAGCUUGGUGACCAGUGCAUUGGGGAAGCUGCAGACGUCGUUGGUGUGGAAGUCGUCCACCGGCGUGCCAGAGUUGACAGCGUGGUGCAGCAAGCCAGAGCCGUCUCGCGUCCUGGGAUCCAGGUGGAUCAAGUUGUAAAUCUGCUUGUUGAUCCGCGACUGCUCCUCAUCCCUGCACUGCGUCUUGGUGGAGAUGCACACCAAAUACAGGAAGGUGAAGAUGUUGCAUUCGUAGUUGUCCAUGGCUGUGUGGAGCUCAGCAUCCUGAGAGCUUUUGACUCGGGCCAUCCCUUGCUCUAUCUCCAAGACGCUGCACCUCAAGACGCUCUCAAUAUCCUUGGCUUUCACUGGCUCGUUCAAGUGUAUCAUCUGAGAGAAGACUUGAGCAAACCGGAGGAGGUCCUUGUGGGUAUUCCUAUUGCCUUUCUGCCGCAAGCGCAAGGCGUGAAGCCAGAGCUUGAUGCACUGCUCAAACUGCAUGUUAUCUGCGUAAACAGCACCGCGGUAAAUGAUGGGGUGCGAGACAUCGAUGUUGUCGGAGCCAAGAAUUCGUUCUCGGACGAUGAGGCCCUCCAUGUGGAGAGCGUCCCGGUCCUGCCGAAUGGAUUCCAGCUCUUGAGGAGUCCGGCACUCUGUCCGGCUGCCAUAGGCUUCUAUCUGAGGCAGGACCUCCUUCUCUAUAAUGUUCUCGCUAUCUCUUCGGCGUGCGCCAGCAGCAGCUCGACAACGUCGGCCUUGCAGCUCUCGGCAGCCACUUUCAGAGGUGUCAUUCCAUGGCCGUUCACCAUCAUGGCAGAUUUCCACUUCACCAACUCGCGGACGAUCUCCAGUCUGCUGGGUCUGCACACGGUAGUGCUCCAGGAGCAGGCGCACAACUUUGGCGUGUCCAUUGCGGGCAGCAAUGAUGAGAGGUGUCGACCGCUGCCCACCUUGGUGGGUGACGUAGCCCAGCAAAUAGCGGAUGUCGCUCUCCGAGCGGUUCAGGAGCAGGGCUGCCAAGGUCAGCACCCGCCCCUCGCUGGCCGCCUUGUAGACGUAGCCCGCCAGGCUCUCCAUGGCUGCUUGCUCCUCCCGGGACCGCCAACGCCAGCCGCCAACCUCCCCAGCCGGCGCCAGGGCCAAGCCGGGAUCUUCCUCCUCCGCCUCCUCCGCCUCCGUGGCUCCGCAGUGGGGAGGUGCAUGCGGGCCGACCCCCGUGGGGUCAAGGGGGGCACCGGGGCUUCUCGUCGUCCUGCCGUUCCCCGCCACCACCGCACACGGUUCAGGCCAGCUGUGCCACCCCCAAGCGUCUGCCUUUGGGAGCCCCAGGCCCCAUGCUCACUGGGGGUUGGGGCAGGCUCAGCCGACCCCUCCUGCUCAAAAGGGACCCUGGCUGUGGGGCUCUGCCUGGGUCCGCACGCACAGCAGUUCCAGGCGAGGCUGGAGCCCGCAGCCCCUGCCUCAGGCGGCGGCCGCCCGCGGAAGCCCAAACCCAAACCCGGGGAGCGGGGCAGACGAAGGCCCCGGGGUGCCAAUUCCCUCAGCCGGGCUCCCCGGAAGGCCUCGGCGAAGUGCCCGGGAAGCUGGACUGGAGGCCUCACGGUGCGGCGGCGGCUCCCCGGAAGGCUCGCCAAGCGCCGGUCUUGGCGGCGACGGAGGAUGGCAGCGGGAGAGGGAGCGCAGGCGGCUACGGGCCGCCGCAGGUGCCCUUCGCGGCCGCCGGACCGGCUUUCGCUUCCCUCCUUCCCUCCCUCCUUCCCUGAGCCUCGGCUCCCGGAAGCGGAAAUGGACAUGGCCGGUCCCCCUGGAAUCGGAGCCGGACUGGGGAACCUCCGCCCGGAGGAGAAAUGUUCCGUAGCCAAGAAGGGCCGCCGACAGAUAGCUGGGCUAAGAGGGAGGAAGAAAGAGGGAGGAAGAGACGGAGGAGGGGAAAGGGAGGAGGGGGAAAGGAAGCCACGUGGAUGGCUCUGGCCCUUCUCUCCUCUCUUCUUCGAGCCACGUUUCCGGAAGGGCCAGCCAGAGCUCGACUGUUUCCACAUUUCUGCCAGGAGAAUCCCAGUUUUGGUUUUGGUUUUGGGGAGGAAAACAAACAAGGUGCCCAAAGGACCCCCUUUGGAGCCGCGCUGCGUUUGCCCCAGUGGACGGUUCUAGUCGAGAAAGCCGAAUUGCUGAGUGUUCAUUUGAAAAGGAUGUGGUGGAAAAGGGCAAACAAAAUGACCAAGCGGGUGGGGCGACUUCUCUAUGAAGAAAGGUUGCAGCAUUUCGGACUUUUCAAUUUAGAGAAAAGGCAAGCAAGAGGCGACAUGAUCGACGUUUAUAAAUCAUGCGUGGCGUAGAGAAAGUGGAGAGAAAGAAGCUUUUCUCCCGCUCUCACAACAGAAGAAUUCAUGGACAUCCAAUGAAGCUGAAUGUUGGAAGAUUCAGGACAGAUAGAAGAAAAUAAGCCUGGGCAGCAAAACCAACAAAGAAUCUUGUAGCGUUUUAUAUAGACUAAGACUACAUGUAUCUGAUGAGGGAUGCCUGCAGGUUUUGACAGGAAUCACACAAUGAUGGAAUACAAAAGCCAAGGACAAGGAAGGCUUGUAACACACGACUUAACCAAAGAUUGACUGGGGGCGGGGCGCUAAGAAUUCCAAAGCCUAACAAUGUGGAGGAGAGGUUACAUGAUGUUCAUUUGAGUAUGUAGUAAAAUGAAACCAGCUACCAGUAACUUUA